AUGGAUAGUACCAAUCCUACCCGCUAUGGUGGAAUAAGAAAAGUGGGGAUACUUGAUAAUUGGAUGUUGCAAAAUGGUGUAGUAGAUGUUUGGACGGAGAUUAAAGGAAUAUAUUUGGACAGCCCAGGUUCUGACAGGAGCAACAACUUAUAUACAGAGGAGGCGGGGCAAAAGGGUGUACAUGAACCCAAACCUGCUGUAAUCAUCGACUAUGUUGACGAGAGAGGAUCCUGUGCCUGCAGCUCCCGGGAUGAAGUCCCAGUCGGCCUUCUGUUCUUCGGCUUUGUUUCCGGAGGGCCUCUGGUGACUGAAGAAUGCCCAGGAUGCUGUCCUGCUCGUCGGGAAGUCUCCGAAGUCACGGCGAUCGAAGAAAAAUCCACCGGAGGCUUGUCGGCCAUGUUCCUCGAUGCGGUCAGGAAGCGGAGCUCGAAGCGGGCUGUCAUUAGCGGUGAAGUCGGGUCGCUCAGCAAGGUGUUCUUCGGCAGUCCUGUUACUUUCAUUCAACACCCUUCUCUGGAACUGCUUGAUGAUUUUGUGGUAUUGUUUCAGAGUUACCAACACAUCCUGGCCUUAGCUUUUGCUAUAAAGGAAAUCAAUGAAAAACCCCAGAUUUUACCCAAUGUCACCAUGGGAGUCAACAUCUAUAAUAGCUACUUCAGUCCAAGCUGGAUCUACCUUGCCUCAAUGGAGCUUCUCUUUGCUCAAAAUAGAUUCAUCCCAAAUUUUAAGUGUGGCAUUCAAAACAAUCCAGCUGCAGUCAUCGGGGGACCUGAUAUCUGUCUCCACAUGGCAGCCAUACUGGACAUCUACAAAAUUCCCCAGCUGACCUAUGGCUCUGCUCCAAUCAUGGAUAAAGAGACUCAGGCAGUUUUCUUCCAACAAAUGUUUCCAAAUGAAUCCUAUCAACAUAAGGGCCUCCUCCAGUUAUUGCUCUAUUUUAGGUGGAUCUGGAUUGGUGUUCUGGCUGUGAAGGAUGACAAAGGGGAGAAAUUUGUACAGGAGGUGCUCCCUACAUUUCCCCAGCAUGGCAUCUGCUUUGAUUUCAUAGGAGAGUUCCCCAAUGUAGCUUUUUACAGUGAUUUUACGGAUGUGAUGGAAGAAACCUACAAAACCCACUCUAUUAUUGCGAAAAGCACAGCCAAAGUGAUUGUUUUAUAUGGUGCAAUGGAAUCCAUGAACUUUUUGAAAAUGUUAGUGCAGUAUUCAGAGGUGGAGGAUAAGUCAGUGAAGACAAAGAUCUGGAUCAUGAAUGCUGAAAUGGAUUUCACUUCCAUUUCUAUUCAAAGAGAUUGGGAUGUCAAAUUCCUCCAAAAUGCUUUAUCCUUUGCAGUUCAUUCAAAGGAGGUGCCAGGCUUCCAGGAAUUCCUUCUACUCAGAAAUCCAACCGCAGCAGAACAUGAUGGGUUUCUAAGGAAUUUCUGGGAGCAUGCAUUCCAGUGCUUGUUUCACAGCUCUGACCUAGGUAAUAAAUAUGGCACAAUUUGUACAAGGAAGGAGAAGAUGGCAACCCUUCCUGCAUCUGUGUUUGAACUUAGCACAACUGCCCACAGCUAUAAUGUAUACAAUGCUGUCUAUGCUGUAGCUUAUGCUUUGGAGGCAAUGCAUUCAUCAAAACUCAAGCACAACCUUAUUGUGGGCAGGAGAGGCCCCAAUCUUCAGAACCAGCAAUUGUGGCAGCUUAACUUUUUCUUGAGAAGGGUCUCAUUUAACAACAGCGUUGGAGAAAAGAUUUCAUUUGACAAAGAAGGGGAAUUCAUUGGUGGAUUUGACAUUAAUAACUGGGUCACAUUCCCAAACCGGUCAUUUUUUAGGAUCCAGGUUGGAAGGAUAGAUCCUAUGGCUUCCCCAGAUAAAUUCUUCAAUAUUUCUGAAGAUUCCAUCAUGUGGCAAAAAAGCUUGAAUGAGGCACAUCCCCUUUCUUUGUGUAACGAUCCUUGCCAAACAGGGCAUAGCAAGACCAAGAACGAAUCAAGACCAUUUUGCUGCUAUGAUUGCCAUCCAUGUCCAGAAGGGAAAAUUUCAAACAAAGAAGAUAUGGAAGACUGUUCUCAUUGUCCAGAAGGUCAUUAUUCAAACCGUGACAAAGAUGCAUGCAUUCCAAAACGCAUAACUUUCUUAUCCUAUGAAGAACCCUUGGGGAUCAGUUUAGCUACUUGUGCUCUUUCUUUUUCUUUUAUCACAGCUCUGAUGCUUGGGAUCUUCAUUAAACACAAAUACACCCCUAUAGUCAAAGCCAACAACCGGAAUCUCACCUACACUCUUCUAGUUUCUCUCCUCCUCUCUUUUCUUUGUGUUUUAUUAUUUAUUGGGAAACCUGAUAAGAUUGUGUGUCUCCUUCGACAACCAGCUUUUGGAAUCAUCUUCUCCAUGGCAGUUUCUUGUGUCUUGGCCAAAACUUUUGUUGUGGUCCUAGCUUUCAUGGCCAUUAAGCCAGGAUCUAGUAUGAGAAAAUGGAUGGGGAAAGGAAUGGACAGUUUCAUUGUUCUUUUUUGUUGCCUCAUUCAAACCACUAUCUGCAUAAUAUGGCUGGCAAUUUUUCCACCAUAUCCAGAUUUUGAUGUGCACUCAAUGUCUGAAGAAGUUAUCAUGGAGUGCAAUGAAGGAUCAGUCACCAUGUUCUACUGUGUGUUGGGUUUUCUGGGUUUUCUGGCAGUGAUUAGCUUCUCUGUUGCUUUUCUAGCUAGGAAGUUACCUGAUACUUUCAAUGAAGCUAAAUUCAUAACUUUCAGUAUGUUGGUCUUCUGCACUGUUUGGUUGUGCUUUAUUCCUACUUAUAUAAGCACAAGGGGAAAAUACAUGUUGGCUGUGGAGAUCUUCUCCAUGAUCUCCUCCGGUGCUGGCUUAUUGAUGUGUAUCUUUUUUCCCAAGUGUUUUAUCAUUGUGAUGAGACCUGAACUGAACAAUAAGCAUCAGUUAAUGAAAAAAACCAUUUUAAACUUCAGCUAUGUCAGCAUCAAAUUGUUAUAAGCCCCCAAUUGUGGACAUCUUUAAAAAGAGUUAUUUUAUAAAAUUAUUAUUU